AUGGCCUAUGUUCACCGGGAAGUGAAAACCUUCAAGGGAAUUCUACGUGAGGAAAAUUUGCAGCAUGGAUUAAGCCAGGACGAUUUCGCGAAAGCCGAGCAGGCACUAUGGCGCCAGGCUCAAUCACAGGUCUAUAGAAAGGAAAUUCACGAUCUGAGUAACGGCAGCAGCGUUGACAGAAGCAGUUCAUUGUAUUCACUGGUUCCGUUCAUGGAUGAAUUCGAAGUUAUUCGAGUUGGGAGCCGGAUCGGAAACGCACCAAACAUUCCAUAUGCAACGAAAUAUCCGGUUGUGAUGCCUAGGGAUCAUCAUAUUACCCUACUUAUGGUACAUUCCUUUCACCAACGGUUUCUACACGCUAAUGGCGAAUCAGUCUGCAACGAACUGCAGCAGCAAUUCUACAUACCCAAGCUUCGAGUGCUAGUACGGAAAGUUGACCGAAACUGUCAGCAUUGCAAAAUAAAGAAGGCAGUCCCCAAGGCACCGCAAAUGGGACCACUGCCCAGAGUGCGCCUAACACCCUUCAUCCGACCGUUCACAUACGUCGGCGUAGAUUGCAUGGGGCCGUUCGAAGUUAAAGUCGGGCGCAGUGUAGUGAAGAGGUGGAUCUGUCUGUUCACCUGUCUUAAGGUACGGGCUGUCCAUCUCGAGCUAGCCCACAGUCUGUCGUCGACUGCCUGA